CUAAAGGUUGUUGAAGGUAGAGGAGCAGAGAGAGAAGUGUCAAGGGGUGCAGUUGUAGUGAGAGAAGUGAGGAUGCCGUCCAGCACAACAGCCAGGCAGGGCGUAGAGGCCAGGACUGCUGCGGCAGAGCGAAGACGGACCAAUAAACCCAUCAUGGAAAAGAAGAGACGACAGAGAAUUAAUGACAGUCUUAACCAGCUGAAGAACCUGGUGUUGGAAGGACUCAAGAAAGAUCCGACACGAUACAAUAAGCUGGAGAAGGCAGACAUCCUGGAGAUGACGGUGCGGCACGUGGAGGCGCUCCACCGUCAGGAAGUGCCUGUCUCCUGUCCGACUCCCGUCGAUGCCGCCGCCGCCAAGUUCCGUGCAGGUUUCGGACAGUGUGCAGCGGAGGUCGGAAAGUUCCUGGAGCGGGAUACCACCCUGAGCGGCUCUCAGCGCGCGCGUAUACUCCUCCAUCUGGCAGAGACCAUGGGCAGGCUACGCAACAUUACGCCGAGUGCCCCGGAUGUUUCAACCACUGUCAACAGCAGGGAGCUUCACCGAGCCUCUCAUCCAGUGACUAUUGAUCCCCUGCUGGUGCGCGGAGUGUCCUUAGUGCCCACUCGCCUCCUGACGGGGCAGGUGGCGUUUGUGAUGCCUCACGGCGCAGCGGGGACGAUAACAGGCCCUUCAGGAGAGCUGCAUCACGCCCCUCCGUCGCCGCCACCUACCGCAGACUCGCCUUCACUGUCCGUGAUGUCUUCACCGCCACCGUCUCCCUGUAGAAGCCCGUCUCCCCAGCCGCUAGACCUCGCCCCGGUACGCCAUCCUGACGAUGACUCCUGCUGGCGUCCUUGGUGACCCGCUGGCGCCCUUGGUGACCUGCUGCCGCCCUUGGUGACCCGCUGGUGCAAGAGUAGUGCCCUGAAACUGUGCUACAGGGAUGACAAGCACCUACGCCCUUGUCAGCAGUCACGAGUGUACAACAACUCUGCCACCACAACAGUAGACAAAAUGUAACUGUUUCAGUUACACAGAGAGGAAGGGGGUAGGUUCUGCUAUACAACAACAGUGCCAAAUGAACAAAGACCAAUACAGCUGUAUGACUACAAUUACUAAGACAUACAGCUCUGGCGGCCAAUGACUGUUCGGGAUUUAUUACAAGCCCUCGAUUUCACCACAGUACAAAAAAAUACAUGACCAAGACAAAUUAUUUUAACGACGAAAAUCUAAUUAGCUAUUAAAAAAUGAAACUAAUAAAUAUAUAGUUAGCCAAGUGCUAUCCGCAAUGCACCUAUACAAAUUCUGUGAUAUACCCUAGGCUUAGUCAUUCCAGUGAUUUAACAUAGUACAAAGUGUAAUAAAGGUUGUUUUUAUUUGACAA